UCCUGCAUCACCUGAGAAGAGCGUCUUCAUCAUCACCAUGAAGUCCUUCAUCUUCUGUUUCAUGAUGCUGCUCAUGGCAAUGGCAGCAACUACAACAUUGGCAGGGCCAUUGCCAUCCAGCUCUGGCCAGGGCAAAAUGGCUCUGGAUCAGACCAUCAAUAGAACUCAAUAUGAGGGCCCAUUUGAGGUUCCGUUUGAUGUUGAAGUAGACGACACAGCAGAGGAAAACAAGGACACAGCUGAGGUCACCAACCAGGACAAAAGAGUCAAGCGAGGGAACAAUGACUUUGAUCGCAUGCUUGUCUUUAUAUGCCCAUGGCUACAAAGCAUCUCCUCCAUAUCGAGUUACCACCACAAUGGCUAUGAGGACAGACGUUUCUCUCUCAGCUGCAAGACAGUGUUCAACGGAAGCCCUCGCUGUUCUCAACCUAAUUGGGUGAACAACUUCGAUGCUCCUUUUGACUUUACCUGCCAGCGCAACGCAGUCUUAACAGGGAUUUUCAGUGAACACAGCAACCCCCACGAGGACCGCCGCUUUAUGUUUCAAUGCUGCUCGGCUAACUUGAGGCUCCAUGGCUGCCACUGGACCCAAUAUCUGAACAACUUUGAUCAGCCAUUCAACUACCAGGUCCCUAACAACAUGGUCAUCGCUGGAAUGAGCUCCUACCAUCAUAACGGUUAUGAGGAUCGGCGCUAUCGCUUGUACAUCUGUUACAAGUAGUAACACAAGCAUCUGUACGCUGCCAUUGAAGAUGCACCAAGAAGUGAAAGAAGAAAGAAAGAAGAAGGCUGUCAGCUAGAAGGGAAGAGCUAAUGGCGUGUGUCUCUCAAUUAAUUCCUCGGAGCAGCUCAAACUUACUCUGUGUCUUUUCCCUUUCUAAACAAGAUUCAUCUUGAUCAUGUAGUCUUGUCUGAAACUGAUGAUUUAGGAUUAGUUAUGUUUUCUCCAAAACAUCAUAUGAUUAAAUAAUUGGCAUCAGUGCAACAACAAUAUUUUAAAAUCUGUUACUCUUUUAGCUUAAUCUGUACAAUGGUGUUGGUUUCA